AUGACUCCCUUACUUCAGACGCCGGUCGAAAACCCACAUGCGACCAUCAUUACUCUUUUCAUGAACGCUGUGGAAGGAACCAUGACCAACAAAGAUAGAAUUUGGGGCCUCACUACAAACAGCCGAGAAACAAGGAGACUUCUAGAGUAUCUGCCUCCAAAGAGAGCGACUUCCAGAUUUGAUCCCACAAUCAUCAAAUUUAGAGUCGGUCGAGAACGUGUCGAAACGUACGACCACAUUGUUGACAGAUUUUUGAAAGAUCAUGAAUUCCGCGAGGCAGGUGAGGCCUCCGGCGAGAUGAUGAAAGAACCCCAUACUAUCAUCGAGGAAUGGCCCUCCAGGUUGAAACUCCGACCCGAUCAGUCAGGAGCUCAAGAUGAGUUCGAUCGGAGGUUGAGGGAAGGUGUUUCAGGGAAAGAGCGAUACGUGGAGUGGAAGAGAUUUCACCAUGGCAUGUUUUGA